AUGGCAGCUGAUCUGGAUGUGAUAAACCUGUUUAUCAUUGCGGGGGGAACUCUGGCUAUUCCCAUCUUGGCCUUUGUUGCAUCUUUUCUUCUCUGGCCCUCAGCUCUCAUUAAAGUCUAUUACUGGUACUGGAGGAGGACUCUGGGCCUGCAGGUACGCUAUGCAGACUGUGGAGGUUAUCGAUUCUGUUACUCCUACAGAGGGAAGCCUGGGAUGAGACCCUCCAUUUUAAUGCUGCACGGCUUCUCUGCCCACAAAGACACAUGGCUCACUGUUGUCAAGUAUCUACCCAAACAUCUGCACAUUGUGUGUGUGGACAUGCCCGGCCAUGAGGGAACGACACGCAUGAACACAGAGGAUUACUCCAUUCAAGGGCAGGCCCGAAGGAUCCAUCAGUUUGUGGAAACCAUGCGACUUAACAGGAAACCUUUUCACCUAGUUGGGACUGCCAUGGGGGGAAACGUGGCGGGGGUUUACGCGGCCUGCUACCCCAAAGAGAUCUGUAGCAUGACCCUCAUUUGUCCAGAUGGUAUAAGACACCCAUGUGAGACCAAAUUUGACAAUCAUCUACAGGACCUGGAACACAGCAAUUACACAUUAAACAUCCCACUAAUCCCAACUACACCAGAGGAGAUGGAGGACAUGUUCAGACUUUGUUCUCAUGUUCGUUUUAAAAUCCCGCAGCAGAUUCUGCAGGGAUUGGUAGAUGUCCGGCAGCCUCACAACACAUUUUACCAAGAUGUAUUUAUGGAGAUUGUUGGUGAGAAUUCAAGAUAUGCAUUACAGGAGCACCUACACCUCAUCACUGCACCCUUACAAGUAAUAUGGGGCAAAAAAGAUCAGGUGGUGGAUGUUUCUGGAGCUUCAGUAAUCUCAGAGGUGUUGCCUGGAUGCAGGGUGGACCUGCUGGAGAACUGUGGUCACUCUGUGGUGAUGGAGAGGCCUUGUAGGACAGCCAAACUCAUCCUGGAGUUUAUCAUCUUGCAGCAAGAUGCCAAUGGAGGCACAAAGAAAUCUUCCUGACAAAAGACUUUCACAUAAUAGCUUUGAACUGUCAUGCUUCACUUGUUCCUUGUACGUGCUAUACACAGGGAUAAAGAUUCCAAAGAUUCAAACACUGAGACAGUAAUUCUUUACGGUGGCCCUGAUGUGCAAAUCACAACGGCAAAUCAGAAAACACAACAAUAACCAAAUCGUAAGAAGUAGGUACCCUCGAGGGACAUGAUUCGUCGCUGAUUGGACUGGUCUAUCCUUUGAGUAGGUAGUAGUAGGCUGUUUUUGAAACCGCCUACUAUACUAGCAGUAUGUACUGAUUUAGCCAAAAUUCAGUAUGUAGUAUGUAGUAUGUGAACAAGAGCAAAAUCUGCAGUAUGCCAAAACUCCCCGGAUGUCUACUGAUUUGGGAAAAUUUCUCUUCUAUGCAUAUGCACAGCUCUCAUUACGCUUUUUCUUUUCUCUUCUUUUUUUUGACAGGGGGGAACUCAGUUUUAGGUGAAAGGUGAAGGUGAAAAUUUUUAAAUUCCAUGUAAACCACUUCCUAAAUUUUUAAAUCACAAGUUGAUGCUAAAGAAGCAGUUUCGCUAUUAGCUCGGCCGUUGUUUACUUCCGCUUUUCGAAAACAGAAAUUGAGUGAUGUCUGUCUCAGCAUGCUGCAACACAGAUCCAGCAGAACUGUCAUACUACAUACUAAAUUCAAAUGCAGUAUGUAGUAGGCAAUACCUAUUGACUACUACAUUAGUAGAUAGUAUGUAACGGCCGUAGUGUGUUCUGAAUUGCCGUAGUGUUUUUGUGUUUUCUGAUUUGCUGUAGAGUUUUCUGAUUUGCACUUCAGGGCCACCCUAAAUUCUUCUCCCAGCAAUUCUUAGUCAAUAAGCUAAAUCAUUUUUGAUUUGCCAUGUAAACUAUAUCAUAUAACUAGAACAAUAAAAGUACCAUGCAUUCAUCCUAAUGUGAGGUUGUUCAUAUAUGUGUUAAAUGUAUUUGUGCAGAGGUGCCUGUGCUUGCAGUAGGACCUCCUCCCUCCUGCACCCUGCUGCCUCUCUGUGCCUCUGUGCGCAGUUUUGCUGCAGACUGAAGCUGAUCAUAGCACAGCUGUCCGACCAGCGGCAAACAUAACUGACUGUCUGGCUGCAUCGUUAAAUGCUAACCGUUCUCCACCAGUUUUGUUCAAAAAAGACCAAAGUAAGGAAGAAAGUGAGCGGAUGAUGUCUACAGAAGAAAACAGUCAGAACGGGAGUACCAGCAGAAGAUUACAGACGGAUUUAGAGUGCUGAAGGAGCCUGCAGCAAAGUGAACACUGGUCUGGUUUAAUGUGGACUCCAAGUGUCUACUCACAAGACACUUUCUUGGACUCUUGAUUCCUUACUUGUUUAGACAAGCUGAAGUGGACACCGUGGCAACAACAACAGAUAUGAAUGUUUUCAAUGAGUGAAGAGUGAAACUCUGAUGAUAUCACUUUAGACAUGCAGGCUUUAUUAGUACUAUUACCUUUGGUUUAAGAAACAAUAGCAGGGAUGAUACCUCUGGUGUGCAAUCACAUGAAAUAAUUUCAACAAUCAUUGAAUACUGAUAUGACAAGUCUAUGUUUUCAUUUUAUAUAUUGUACAUUGCGUAGCACCUGCCAUGACAAAACAGCAACACUGGAAAAUAUUGGAACAAAACAAAUACAAAAAUGGUCUGUAAUUAUAUGACUUCUGUCUAAUGUAAAACAAUGAGGUCAUAAACUGUAAGGCAGAUUUGAGUAUAUAAAAUGUAACUUAACAGUA